CGCUCGGCCCGCCCCUUGCCCGCGCUAGAUAGCCCGCGCCCCGCCGGCCGCCUCCUCCCUUCCUCGCCGGCUGCCGAGGAGCUGCGUGGCCGCGGCUGGUCCUUUUGGGAGACGGGACGUGGCACCACCAUUUGCCAGGAUGCUGAAGAGAACCUUGGCCAACUUUGGCAAGAAGCUGAUCCGGCAGCGGACUGUGGACCUUGGCUCGCAGGACACUCAACUGGCCCGCUGCCUCUCCACCGUGGACCUGAUUGCUCUAGGCGUAGGCAGCACCCUUGGGGCGGGGGUCUAUGUUUUGUCUGGAGAGGUGGCCAAGGAUCAGGCUGGCCCUUCUAUUGUGCUCUGUUUCUUCAUUGCGGCCGUCUCGUCUGUUUUGGCUGGCCUGUGCUACGCAGAAUUUGGCGCCCGGGUGCCCAAGGCUGGUUCUGCCUACCUCUACAGUUAUGUCACCGUUGGGGAAAUUUGGGCCUUCACCACAGGGUGGAACCUCAUUCUCUCCUACAUGAUAGGGACAGCAAGUGUGGCUCGGGCCUGGAGCUCCACCUUUGACCACAUCAUUGGGGGCCACAUCUCCACUUUCUUCCGGAAUCACACAGCUUUGCAUCUGGAGGACGUGCUGGCUGAGUAUCCCGACUUCUUCGCCCUCUUCUUGGUGCUGCUGCUCACAGGCCUCUUGUCGUUCGGUGUGAGCGAAUCUGCCCUGGUGAAUAAAAUCUUCACGGCCGUCAACUUGCUGGUCCUCAGCUUUGUCAUUGUUGCGGGUUUUGUGAAAGGAAAUGUCAAGAACUGGAACCUGUCCAAGGAAGAUUAUCAGAACCACUCACAAAAUGCCUUGGAGUCUGAACCCAAGGACUCCUUUGGCAAGGGGGGGUUUGUCCCCUUUGGCUUUGAGGGAGUCCUCUCGGGGGCUGCCACCUGUUUCUAUGCCUUUGUUGGAUUUGACUGCAUCGCCACCACAGGUGAGGAAGCACGGAACCCUCAACGUUCAAUCCCCAUCGGCAUCAUAGUCUCCCUCCUCAUCUGCUUUGUGGCCUAUUUUGGCGUUUCGGCUUCCUUGACCUUGAUGGUCCCCUAUUUCCUGGUGGAUAAAGAGAGCCCUCUGCCCGAUGCCUUCAAGUCAGUGGGCUGGGAGCCCGCCCGUUACGUGGUGGCCAUCGGCUCCCUCUGUGCCCUCUCUACCAGUUUGCUUGGCUCCAUGUUCCCCAUGCCGCGAGUGAUCUACGCUAUGGCUGAAGACGGACUGCUCUUCCGGUUCCUCUCCCGGAUUCACAGCCGGGCCAAGACUCCCUUGGUGGCCACUGUGGUCUCAGGCAUCAUUGCAGCCCUGAUGGCGUUUCUCUUUGAGCUGAAGGACCUGGUUAACCUGAUGUCUAUCGGCACGCUCCUGGCCUACUCUCUGGUGGCUAUUUGUGUGCUCAUCCUCAGAUACCAACCUGAGCUAUUGAGGUUCUCCAAAGACCUGGAAAUGCUUGAGAUAAAUGGAAGUGAAGAAGAAAAGAUGACCAUUAAUUCCACAGUUGAGGAUAGACAGAAUGCAUUGAAAGAGACGAUCACCUGCAGGAGUCUUUUCUCCCCCUCUGAGGACAUCCCAACCCAUGUCUCGGGGUGCAUCGUCUACAUCAGCAGCACUGUCAUCGCUGUCAUGAUCACUGCCCUGUGUGGUAUCCUGGCCCAUCAGAGGCGAGCCCUCCUGGAGGGCAGCAUUGGCUGGAUCAUUGCCUGUGUCAUUCUCCUGGGCAUUUUGCUCGCUGGCACUGUCAUCAUCUGGAGGCAGCCAGAAAGCAAGACACGCCUCACUUUCAAAGUGCCUGGCCUGCCGUUGCUCCCCCUCUUCAGCAUCCUGGUGAACAUCUAUCUCAUGAUGCAGCUCGAUGCAGGAACCUGGGCCCGCUUUGCUGUCUGGAUGGCUAUCGGCUUUGCCAUCUAUUUUGGUUAUGGGCUCCAGCAUAGCGAAGAAGGGCAGGGGGCCCAGCAGGCCCAGUCAGCCACCGACAAGGCCCUGUGCUCAGCCAACUGAGCCGAGCCAAGAAAUCGCGAUCUGAGAGAAGCUGCUUCUUCUGUCCUUCUUCCGCUGCCGUGGACGCCCCUCAGUUCUUGUCUGCCUCCUGCCCCCCCUUCAAGAAGGAAGCCGUGGCACGUGGGACCUUCACUGGUACAUUGGACUCCACCUGUGGCAGCAGCUUCAUUUUGCAGAGGAGGUGAAUAAAGCAAGCUGGGACAAAAUUUAGAGGGCAGCCAUUUCUCCUAGGUGGGAUCGGGUGGGGAGAGUGACCUUCAGACGAGAAGCUGCCACAUAUGGUUUAUUUAUUUACCCGGCUUUGCUGGCUAGAUUGCCUUCCUCAUAUGUAGAUGUAUGUAAAAGUGUCAAAUGUGAAGAGUCCCCAAAUGUUCUCCAGGACAAUAAGUCUAGUUUUAACUAUUGCUUGUAUGACAUUUUUUUUUCAAAGAUGUUACAUUUUUUUUAAUAUGAGUACAACUCCAUGUUCUUAGUUGUUGUUGUUUUUAAGUUGGACUCAUCUGACCCACCGUCAGUUUACUUUCUUUGUAGGCUUAUCUCAGACGCCCUUGCCAUGGUUCUCCAGCAGAAGAAGUCUGGCGGCCUCUGUAAAUUUAGAGAGUUGUAGCAGUGCAGUAUUAGGCUGGAGCAUAACUGCUUAAAUAAUCACUGGGGUUCUGCUGUUCUUCUUGCCAACCAUUAUCAAAUAGGUUCCUUGGGUUUCUCAAAUAAAAUCAAACGGAUUAUUAGUGCCAACGGUAUAUAAAACCGGCUUACCCAAUAUGCUCGCAUAUACGGAUUCGACAUCCUGUGCACAUUCAGCCCAUGAUAGUUUAUUCAUGAGAGCAGGCUGUAGUGCCUUGAAUGAAUCGGCCCAAUAGGCGGGGCUGAAGUGGGGUGAGAGGGCCAAGGGCUGAUUAAAGUCAUAGUAAAAUAAGUCAGUGAGCUAUCAUGAAACUCAGUCUGGAGAUAAUCACCACAACACCAGCAUUAUGGGCUCCCCCAUGCUGAGAGGUGAUGAUGCAAGAGGAGUGGAGGGAGGCUGGGCAGUGAGCUGCCAACAGGACAGCACUUGGCACCAGAACCACCACCACCUACUGGGCCAGAGAUCGGGGCUAAAAAUGGAGGCCAAGCAAGCGAGUAAUAGCCUGCUGUGUCAGGUUGCUUAGAAUGAAGCCACCAGCGGACCACAGCUGGCAGCGCUCAAAGCGAAGUCACUGCCAGACUCCAUCUGUUGCAAAGAUGGCAAAGCCAAUAAACCGUCACUGGUUCCAGAACAGGGUGGAGAUUUUUUCCUCAUAAAAGAAGCCAAAUAUACUGUCCAGCUAGUGGUUUCCUGUUUGGGCGCAACCUGAAACUGGCAAGGAAAUUAGUCUCUAACUUGGAAGGCACCAGGUUGGCAAAGACAGGAUUGGGGUAACUUGUUUUCUCCAGCUGUUAAGGGAAAAGCUGGGUGCUUUCUAUCAUGAUGCAGAUUAUUUACCUUUGACUGGAAAAAUAAUCCUGAGAAUUCAACAGAAAGCUGGAUAGUGACGUUUGUUGUAUGUACGCAAAUACACUCCACUGACAUCAGAAGACCAGGCUUUCUAACAACUGCACCAGGGCCAAGUGCUAUAAUGUCAAAGCCCUUGCAAACUUCACGCAGCUCUGUUCCAAGUCUUAUGAUUAAUUUCCCCAACAUUUCCAAAAGCAAAUUGUGAACGUGCAGAGCCAACAGUGAAUUUGUUGUAUUUUGGAAAUUAGCUUUAGGAAAUUUAACGUUUCCUCUUUCUGAAGGAGAUUUGGGUCAAUCUCAGUUUAGGGUUAGUAAUUCAAUAGCAGAAUCUACAUGGGCAGAAAGUCCCACUGUGUCUGGAACCCACCCUGAGAUAAAAGGGCCAGUUCAGCAAAGGCUCUAACCUUACAUUAUUCUGCAGCCUUGCUCAGAGCAAGAGGGGAGAUUUCCAGUUGUUUUAACAGAACUUUGUUGUCUUGUUUGAACAUCUACAUGUGCACAAAAGUUCUUCAACAUGAAUAUAAUACGCAGCAUCUUAAUGCAUUUGUUGGACCAAAUAAAAUGUUGUGCUAUUA